GGGAGCGGGCAUCGCGCCGCUUCUCUGAUUCAUCAGGUUGUUUGAAUGAACCUUUAAAAGGCGCGCGGAGCCGCGCGACCGUAGUCAGACCACAUCUCCCAGCAGAAUGUGGGGAAACUGGACCGCGCGCCCGCAACUCGAUGGGAACAAUAUUUCGAUCUUUGUGUCUAAACUCACUCCAGGCGGCGAUAUGGGGGUUGGAUUCGCAAUCCUGACCGUCGUGCUGCUGUCUCUCCUUGGCAACGGGCUGGUGUUGGCCAUCUCAUACCGGAGGAGGAAGAAGAUGGCGGGCCCGGAGCUGCUGUGUGUGAACCUGGCGGUGAACGACUUCCUGUCCUGCAUCCUGUUCUACCCGCUCUCCAUCCUGUCGUCUUUCAGCCACUCCUGGCUGGGCUGCCAGCUGACCUGCACCUACUACGGCCUGGGCUGCUUCACCUUCGGCCUGUGCGGCAUGUUCACCAUCGCCGCCAUCAGCGUCACCCGCUACCUGAAGACCUGCUACCACCUGCCGUACGUGUUGCUAGAGGGCGCCAGCAUGCGGCUGGUGUGCUGUGGCAGCUGGCUGGUGGCGGCGGGCUGGUCCUGCUUCCCGCUGCUGGGCUGGGGGGAGUACGUGCCCGAGCCCCACGGCCUGUCCUGCACCGUCGCCUGGAAACGCUACCACGCCUCCGUCAAAGACGCCGCCUACGUCAUCUGCUCCUUCGCCUGCUUCACCUUCGUCCCCGUGGUCCUCAUCGUGGCCUCGCAGUGCCGGAUCCUGCUCACGGUGUACCGCGUCUCCUCGGCUCUGUCCACACGCGGGAUCCACACACACCUGCGCAACGCAGAGCGCCGGCUGUCUGUGAUGUUCUUCUGCAUCAGCCUGGGUUUCAUCGUGGCGUGGGCGCCCUACGCCGUGGUCUCCUUCCUGUCCAUCUUCGGCGGGGACGACGGCCGCAUGGCGCCGGCUGGCUACGUCUUCCCCGCGCUCUUCGCCAAGAGCUCGCACGUGUACAACCCCUUCAUCUACUUCUACUUCAACAAGGUGUUCCGGCGGGAGCUGUGGGGCCUGCUCCGGGCCCUGGGUCCGCUGGGGCGGCGAAACCGGGUCGGGGUGCGACCCCCGCCCGGCCCCUGGACCCAGCACCCCAUCCAGAUCCAGCUGCAGGAGCACGGCCUGGUCCAGGAGGCCCGCUGUCCCAGCAGCCUCGGCGGCAGCUGGCGCCCCCACGGCCUGCCGGUCCACUCCUGCUGGGUGUCCAAAAUCAGGGUCAGUCCCGUCAACGCAGACCCCGCGCCCCCCCGGGAGUUUUUACCCAUGUCUGCGUGA